AUGGCGCCCUAUAUAAUAUCAACUGUCCAGCGACUGGAUGCUCCUUCAACUUACUUCGAAAAGCGCGAUCAUAAACGGCAACGCCGCGAAGAUUCGCCAAAGGAAGAUCCCUUAGCUGGUGCUACAACAUUAUAUGUUGGGAAUUUCUUUCAAAAGAAAAGGUCAUUUUACACCACCGAAGAACAAAUUCACGAGCUCUUUUCGAAAUGCGGAGAAAUCAAGCGGCUGGUUAUGGGCUUAGAUAGAUUCAGUAAAACCCCCUGUGGGUUCUGUUUCGUCGAGUACUACACUCAUGAAGACACACUAGACGCCAUGAAGUACAUUGGCGGGACGAAACUUGACGAGCGCAUCAUCAGGACUGAUUUGGAUCCUGGUUUUAAGGAGGGCAGACAAUACGGUCGAGGACCAACUGGCGGACAAGUUCGUGAUUACUACCGAGAGGAUUAUGAUCCCGGGAGAGGUGGUUAUGGUGGUAGGGAGCAACGUCCGACUUCUUCUGCGAAGGGGUCAAACUAG